CUACGUUUCCCAGCACAGCCGUGCCGCCCGUUGUCACGGCGACGGCGCCCGAGGUGCUGGAGGAGGCGGGGAGGGGGCCGGAGCGCUGCUGGCCUCCGCGUCCCGAGGGCCGCCCCUGCCUGUGGCCGGGGGUCCCUCCGCUCGGUGCGACUCUGCUGCAGGCUUGUGAAGAAGAAUGUCGUUGUUUAAAGCUCGAGACUGGUGGUCCACCGUACUUGGGGAGAAGGAAGAAUUUGAUCAAGGCUGUCUGUGUGUUGCUGAUGUUGAUAAUAGUGGCCAAGAUAAGAUUAUUGUGGGCAGUUAUAUGGGAUAUCUCCGUAUCUUUAAUCCACAUCCUGUGAAACCUGGAGAUGAAGUGCAAGCUGAGGACUUGCUCUUGGAAGUGCAGUUACGAGAGCCAAUACUACAGGUGGAAGUGGGGAAAUUUGUUUCUGGUACUGAAGGACUUCAUCUGGCUGUGUUGCACUGCCGACGACUCUGUGUGUAUGCUGUUUCAGAAACGCUAGGGAACGUAGAACAUGGUAACCAGUAUCAGAUCAAACUGAUGUAUGAGCACCAUCUUCAGCGAACUGCUUGUAAUAUGACUUAUGGACCAUUUGGUGGUGUAAAAGGUCGAGAUUUGAUAUGUAUACAGUCCAUGGAUGGGAUGCUAAUGUUAUUUGAACAGGAAAGCUAUGCUUUUGGCCGUUUUUUACCUGGUUUUCUUCUUCCUGGUCCCUUGACUUACAGCUCUCGGACAGACUCUUUCAUUACAGUGUCUUCCUCUCGACAGGUUGAGAGUUACAAAUACCAAGUGCUGGCAUUUGCAACAGACGCUGAUGGAAGACAAGAAACAGUACAACAGAAACUUAGUUCUGGAAAGAAACUUGUGGUGGAUUGGAUUCUCAACAUUGGAGAACAAGCACUGGAUAUAUGCAUUGUCUCCUUUAAUCAGGCAGUUUCUUCUGUUUUUGUACUUGGUGAGAGAAACCUCUUCUGCCUGAAGGAUAAUGGACAAAUUCGCUUCAUGAAAAAGCUUGAUUACAGUCCAAGUUGCUUCAUUCCUUAUUGUUCAGUGAAAGAAGGAACAAUAAACACUCUAGUUGGAAACCAUAGUAAAAUGCUGUAUGUUUAUCAAGAUAUUACACUGAAAUGGGCCACUCAGCUUCCCCAUGUUCCUGUAUCAGUAAAAGUAGCCAAUUUACAAGGUCUGAAGGGUGUCAUAAUUACUCUGAGUGACAGUGGACAUCUGCAGUGUUCCUACCUUGGUACUGAUCCUUCGCUCUUCCAAGCUCCUAAGGUUGAUUCUAAGGAAAUAAACUAUGAAGAAUUCAAUGCUGAAAUGAAGGAGCUUCAGAAAAUCAUCAAGGAAGCCACAAAAACACAAGAUAUUUUGCCCCAGUCUGAAAAACACAGAGACCUAAUUGUCACUGCAGAAGUUUCACCAGACUUGGAUGUGGAGUCUCAAGCCAUUGACAGCGAAGUAAAAGCAGAGGUAGUACCGUCAGUCACAGUAAAGGUAACAGUACAGAGCAGAGUGACAGCGCUGAAGCCAUACCUGGUAGUGUGUGUCCAAGCUCCACUAGCAGUGACCUGUGACCAGUUCACCUUUAAUGAUUUAGAUCCAGGAUCAUCUGAAACUGUGGUCCUGUCUGUCUUCUUGAAGGGAAAUUUUCCUCCAUCAGAACUAGAAGGAGAUUGUGUGUUUUCAUGUAAUACACCAACAGAGCUCAAUCCUGAAGGGAUACCGAAGUUUGCCCAGUGUAAAUUCAAGCUGCCUUUGCGAUUAGUUUGCUUUCCAGCUCAACCUUCAAAAUCAGCAAACCACAAGCUAACUAUCGAUACCAAUAAACCUCCCAUCAGUUUUCUCACCAUUUUUCCAGACUUUGCUGAUCCAUCUGAGGAUGACCAGGCAAAUGUUCUGGGAUUUCAGUUCUUAACAGGUUCAAAAAUCACUCUUCUUGCUUCAAAAACAUCACAACGAUACAGGAUCCAGAGUGAUCAGUUGGAAGACCUUUGGCUAAUAACAAAGGAAUUAACACUUAGACUGGAAGAACAUUUCAAAAAGCAAAAUUGCAAGGACUUUGCAUGUACCUUUUCCGGCUCUGUUCCACUGCAAGAAUACUUUGAACUAAUUGAUCAGCAUUUCGAGCUACGCUUGAAUGCUGAAAAAUUUCAGGAGCUGUUAUCUGAAAGGGCCAUACAAUUCAGAGCUAUUGAGCGACGAUUGCUGACACGAUUUAAAGAUAAAACUCCUGCUCCUCUUCAACAUCUGGACACCUUGCUAGAAGGGACGUUCAGAGAGGUAAUAGCUCUAGCAGAUGCAGCAGAAGAAAAUCAAGCCAACAUGUUCCAGGCAUUCACGAAGUUGAAAAGUGCCACCCAUCUUGUGAUUUUGCUGAUUGGCCUAUGGCAGAAACUCAACGCUGAUCAAGUUGCUAUUAUGGAAGCUACAUUUUUGCCACUUGCAGAAGAUACACAAGAGCUGGGUUGGGAAGAAACCGUGGAUUCUGCCAUUUCUUUCUUGCUAAGGACUUGCUUGUCAAAGAGCUCUAAGGAACAAGCCCUGUCUCUCAGCAGCCAGUUAAGCAUGCCCAAAGAUACUAGCAGACUUAAGAAGAAUAUCAGCCUGUUCUGUGAUAGACUGGCAAAAGGUGGUCGCCUUUCUUUAAGCACCGAAACAGCCACUCAACAAGCCACUUUUGUGCCAGGUGGCUGUGCUACAAUCCCAGAGUCUGACUUAGAGGAACACGCAGUUGUACCGGGCUCCACAUCAGUGUUCUCCCAUCACAAGCACUCUGCAAAGCAGAAACCCAACCCUGGUUUGUCUGAGGAUGCAGCAGAGGAAGCCGAAAAGCCAUGAAAUAUGAAGACGACCCUCAGGAGGAAUUUCUAUCUGACAUCAAAUGCAUUUAUAGAGCAGCAGUACCAAUCCUUUUCACUCUGUAACAAUUAACAGCCUUCAGAAGGAGAGGACUGUGAUAAUUUAUACAAAAAUGUUCAUUUCUAAUCAUUUCAGUUGGAUCUUCCUGAGAACUGCUAGCAUUUUUUCUGUGAGCAAAGCUUACACACUUACUCAACUGUGGUAGGGAUGUUGUGUUAAGUUCUGUGAUACAUCAGCCCUUCCUAGGGAUUCUGUUGAUUGAUCAAAGACUGUUUACAUGUAGUUAAAAGCAACCUUUGUUUCAGGAUAUGUUUUAUCUGUUUUUUAAGAUAUUCUGAACUAUACCUCCCUUUGAGAUUAUAUUAACAUUUGCUAUAUCACAGCUUUGACAAAAGAUAACUAUCUCUUUUCCUCCUGUACUAACAUUCACCAUUCCAGACAGCUGAAUUCACCACAAGAAGAAAAACUGGUAAUCCAUCAACUCUUUUUUGGCCCCCCCCUCCUCCCCCUCAUUGCUUAUACAAACUCCUGCUCUCAGGAGAUACAGAGUAAAAUAUGGUUACUGGACGUAAAGGGCAAACCCUUUUGCCAUUAACAAUGUCACUACUACGUGAAUAAAGUUUACACUUUAAGUACCCUGAGCACAGCAACACAUGGAUCUUUCUAUGGUUACCUGUUAUUCCUGCUUUUCUUGUGGUUCAGCCUGUUUUAGUUAUGGGUUAGAUUUUCAAAACUAGCUAGCAGUUUUUGAGUGCCUUAAUUUUAAUGAAUCCAGUUAGAGGGGGCUCAGAGGUUUCUGUUUUUAUGAAGUGCAGAGCAUUAACAUUCUGAAAAUCAGGUCCACAUGAGGUGCCUGAAAUGCAACACCCAACAAUGGAGACAAGCCAAACACCCUUGUAAACCUUGGCCUAGGGUUUGGAAGAGUCACACUCAUGUCUGACUUCCUGAGGGCAAGCUGAGUGUGGUAUCAGAAGAAGUUAUUUGGAACUGAAAACAAGUGAGACCUGAGUCAAGAGUAAAGACAGACAUCUGAACAAGCUCUCUCUUGGCUAUUGCUGGUUCAUAAGAAAUUAGAAGCUGUGUUGCUUUUUUUUUUUUAGAUUACAGAUACAGAAAGCACGGCAGGUCUCAGCUUAGUUUCUGCAAUGGCAUGAGCCGUGUCCACUUCCUGCUCUCCUGUUGAUUUCAUGAACUCUGGUUCUCACCAUAGAAAAGGUCCCUCCAACUCACUUUUCUACUGCUUUGGCAAGGGUUGUGAUAGUUGCUGUGGUCUGUACAAGACUUGACCUAUGGAUUAAAAGGAGACCUUUUUCAGGAUCUGUUCAGCCUGCAACUUUCAUCGCCUUCAUAUUUACUUUCAACUUUUUUGCGUCCACCCCCAAAACAAAAGCAGUGUGCAACAAUUAUGGAUCUGCUGCUUAAUGCUUCGGUCCUAUUCUGGCUCAAAAAGCAUGAUAAAACCACAUUUCAGUGAGCCCUUUUCAACAUGCUAGCUAUUACAUGGAACAAAGUGGACAGGACACUGGGUAAGGUUUCUGAUACCUCUAGAAUUGAAGUGAUCAGGGCCUCACAAUAAAGAAGACUCUUUACCCCAGGAGACCUCAGAUAUCUGAAGUUGUAGUGCCAGAAUUCUUGCCUCUUUCCCAGGAAGGAAAAAUCCUACACCCUACUUGUUAUGUGGGGAUUCUGCUGGUUGAAUUUCCUUCACUCUGAUCCCUCCCCCAUGGUCUUUGUCAAGAGGGCAGCAUCCAAACUGUUGUCAAGGUAUCCUGCUGCGCUGUGAAAAUUACCCAAUAAAAUAAUCUCCUGUAGUUUCUGUACACACCUCAAUGACCAAAGAAAAUCCAUGGAGAACUAAUCAAUUACUGUAGCUAUUAGGCUUAAACUUUAACUGUAGAUCUUAAAUCUUCUUUUGUGAGUGGCUGCUAGGUAAUCCAGAAAAAUCCUCUACAUUCUACUAUAUUUUACCCAUGCCAUGUAAGUGCCAUUUUGCUAUAGAAUCCUGGACCAAAGAAUCCUGAGCUAUAUGUAUAUGAUAUUAGCUGGAAAAUACACUACUGUGAGAAAUACAUUACUCUGUCAUAAUUAUAAUUGUUGAAUGUGAUCCCAAUGCUCAGAGCUGCCUCGAAUCAUCAGGAAUUUAGGGUAAACAAGUGGGCACUCAGGUCAGUUAUUUCAUAACUCUUGUUUUCUGUCAUUUUAACAUGUAAGGCUCAGAAGCACUCUUAUUUGUCUUUCCUGCUUGAUGCUUUGUAAAAUGAGGUCGAUGAGAAUACUGUUACGGAAAGGGGAAAACAUGCUGGUAAUAAAGAAGAAAAAAAAGGUAGAACUGACUAGUCAUAAUGUAUGACCUCUUUGUAUAUUGUGCUAAAUUGUGGAUUCUCGUAGUAUCAUCAGGAUUUAGGAGAGAAAUACAGUUGUUUUGAGUAAAAAUCACUUUGUUUUCCCCAAUGCCAAAUAGUCCAGCUCAUUCAAAGCAAGGAAGUAGUUGAAAUGUAGUCAUUUACACACCAGGCUAGGAGGAAAUAUUGUAAAGUAAUUCUUAGCAGUUUUCAGAUGUCGUUUGAAUUUUUAAGAAAGUUCCUUAUGGUUGGAAAAAAUAAAAUAAAAUCAGGCUGCUUGCUGGGAGUUUCAAAGUUAGAGAGUUGGCCAACCAAAAAAUGUAAGGAAACUUUGGAAGGUUAGGGGGUCCAAAUGUUUGGUUUGCAUCAACAGAGUUUCUGUGGGCAAAAAAAGCCAUUGCUGACCAACCAAAUAAUUCUGAACAGGAUUUUAGAGAAGUGUCUAAUCAACUGUUCAGUUAAUUAGAAGAUUACAAUGUUUUCAGGUAAAGUGGGGUCUGUAGUAUAAAUGUCAUAUCUAGAAACCUAGUGUUUUAUUCUGCAAAAAGAUUACUCAUAUAAAAAUGUUACUUUCUGAGCUUAAAUAUGCAGUCUGUUUGAAUAUUUAGCUAUUCAAGGAGAAAUUUAUAUUUUUAGUUGGCUCAAAGAUAAAAGUUAGUUUGAAUUGAUCAUUUUAUUAAUAUCAAUUUUGGGUACUUAUAUCUAAAGUGAAUUUUGUAAUAUUUUGAAAACUAAACAGAGUCUUGGCAACUUUUUUAUUAUAUUUGUGCUAUAGUGCUUUGAAAUGUAUUUUCUAAAGUAAGUCCUAACCUAAAAAAUAUGCAUUUUAUUUUUGUUAAACAGGUAAAUGUUUCACAGUCGUCGUUUUCUGAAUGUUAUUGUAUAAGAGAAUUUUCUUUCAUUUUAUUUUCAUGUUGUUGAAGUUUAGAAAAACAGAUUAAAACAAUUACUGCUCUGAUGAUCAAAAUCUGGAAGUUUGGGCUCUGAGGGCUUUUUGGACUUUGAACACAAUGCUGAGUUCAGUCCAGGACUGUGUUUUCCAGUCCCAGAUUGAUUCAUUUGUCCAACUAUUGUUAAGCACAGAAAAACAUGAUUCCUUUAUUUGCAAGAGGUUGAAUUUUGUUUUCAUGCUAUCUUGUCUUUUCUUCAAUGUUUAUUGUGCAGACAGUGUUAAGAGAUAGGUCUCAAUGUUGUUGUAUUGUUUAUAAAGAAUAGUUCACUACCAUAAAAAGAAACUUGCUGAGCAGAGAUUGUGUUUGUACGUCAAGUCUUUUCAGCACAAAAAAUACAGGUUGUGCACCAUGCUUAACAAGUAGCUUUCCUUCUUAUCACAGGAUCUUGUUUGUAAAUACUUCAAAAAAUUGUUGCAAAGGUACUGCAGAAUAUAUGGCAUACUUCUGAAAGCAAACUUCUUUCUUCCUUGUUUGUUUUUAAGUUAACCUGGAGUUUUCCAUAGCUUUGUUUGUAGUCACCCUUCGCUAUCGUGCUGCUUUGUUCAUUCACUGCCUCAUAGCACAGGAUUCCCCCAGUAUUUAUGUGAUAUCUUCAUAUGCUGUUUGCAGCUGACCUACUUCUUCCUCCGUAACUCAAGGUAUGUUUAACUUUGCGUAGUUUCUUGUUUGUAUACGAGCCAUGAUCCUCUAGAGGUGAAUGAAUGCCCUCAGGUCACGGCGAAAGAAGUGGGAGGCCAAGCCAUGAAGCAUGCUGCAAAUUAGCAAAAGUGACCCCAAUUAGAAGUGCUGUUGAAUGCAUUGCUUCUAUGGGAAUUUAUUCUAGUACUCCAGUAGACCAAAUUCAACACAAGAAUGAUAGUCAUGUAAAGACUAGAAAACACUGCUUUAUUUAGAGCCUGAAGCUCCUCUCUCCUCAUCCAUCUCCUGUAUUGUAAAUUCUUACAGUGGUCAGCGGUAUCAAGUAUUCUGUCUUCCUCCUCCUUCUUUGCAUGAUGACUAGCAGUUUUCUGUACAAAAGGUACUAGUUUGGGGGGGAUGUGCUUUGUACAAGUGACCUGCUGAUCACAGCAGAGACAUCUAGCAGUUUUAUUAGCUCUGAAUGUGUAGCAAAUGAUUUAAUCAACUUGUAGGAUGGAAGCCUAACCUAGUUACUUGCAUUGACUUGGUAUUAUCUGACAACAUCCUGUUUGCUGU